AUGAGAUUGUUCUCAGUGUUGAAUCAGAGAUUAUGGCAACCCUAUCUAAGGGCCUUGGACUCAUACCCCCUCGUCACUAAAUCAUUGUCGACAGCCGCAUUGAUGGGCACUGGAGAUGUUAUAGCACAGAGAUUGGAAUAUCAUUAUAAGAGCCCAAGUGAAAGAAUGAAGACGAAGGGUUUCGAGGUGGAUGUGAGGAGAGCAUUGACAAUGACUGGAGUAGGUGCCUUCUUCUCAGGCCCCCUCCUGCACUUUUGGUACAAGCGUCUGGACAUUUUGGUUCGUGGCGAGGGCGCACUAGUAGUAGUCAAGAAGCUGGCAUUGGAUCAACUCGCAUUCGCACCUGUAGUGAUCUCUGCUUUCAUCGGUCUGAUGGGCACACUCAAUGGCAAGACACCCAGUCAAUGUAUACAGGCUAUUCAGAAUGAUCUGUUCUUUGCACUCAAGGCCAAUUGGACACUGUGGCCACUGGCCAACGCGAUCAACUUUGCACUCAUACCACCAUCACUCCGAGUACUCUACGUAUCCACAGUCAGUGUCUUUUGGAACAUCUUCUUAUCGAACCUUGGCAAUAAAAAGCAUGACGAGGGUUCAACUACAUCCUCGUCUUCU